CCCGCGCCCCGCGCUUACGUACCUCCUCUUGAACCCGGGUACGAUGGCGGCCACGCGCGCGGUCCUGCAGGUCUUCGAGAAGUACCAGAAAGAUCGCGUCGCGUUCGUGCAGACGGUCGCCGAGCUCGCGACGCGACCGCAAAACGUCGAGCCCAUGCAGAGCGCGGGCGUCAUGGCGCUCCUUCGUCCGCUGCUGUUGGACAACGUCCCGAGCAUCCAACAGUCCGCGGCGAUCGCGCUCGGAAGGCUCGCCAACUACAGCGACCACCUCGCGGAGGCGGUCGUGAGCAACGAGAUCCUCCCACAGCUCGUCUACUCGCUCAGCGAACAGAACCGAUUCUACAAACAAGCCGCAGCGUUCGUACUCCGCGCCGUCGCGAAGCACUCCCCGCCGCUCGCGCAGGCUGUCGUGGACUCUGGCGCGCUCGACUCUCUCGUGCAGUGCCUCGAGGAGUUCGACCCGGGCGUCAAGGAGAGCGCGGCGUGGGCGUUGGGAUACGUCGCGGGCCACAACGCGGAUCUCGCCGCGACGGUGGUGGAGGCUGGCGCGGUGCCGCUCCUCGUGUUGUGCGUGCAGGAGCCCGAGCUGUCGUUGAAACGCAUCGCGGCGAGCUCGCUGUCGGACAUCGCGAAGCACACGCCGGAGAUGGCGCAGGCGGUCGUCGACGCCGGCGCGAUCGCGUAUCUCGCGCCGCUGAUCGUGUCCCCCGACGCCAAGCUGAAGCGACAGGUGUGCGCGGCGUUGGGGCAAGUCGCGAAGCACUCGGUGGAUCUCGCGGAGGUUGUCGUGGAGGCGGAGAUCUUCCCGAACAUCCUCAUGUGUCUGAAGGACGUCGACGGGUUCGUGCGGAAGCACGCGGCGACGUGCAUCCGGGAGGUGGCGAAGCACACGCCGGAGCUCGCGCAGCUCAUCGUCAGCAACGGCGGCGUCGGCGCGCUCGUGGAUUACGUCCACGAGUCGGAGAGCAACAACCGACUGCCGGGGAUCAUGGCGCUCGGGUACGUCGCCGCGUUUUCGGAGACGCUCGCGACGGCGGUGAUCGCGUCCAAGGGGAUCGCGCCGCUGUACGCCGCGCUCGUGGAAGAGCCGGAGGAUCACAUCAAGUCCGCGAGCGCGUGGAGCUUGGGGCAGAUUGGGCGGCACACGCCGGAUCACGCCAAGGCGGUGGCGGACGCCGGCGCGCUAUCGAAGCUCGUCGCCGUCGGCGCCAACCCGCGGAGCUCGGACGACUUGAAGACGAAGUGCGUGCGAUCGCUGCGUUUUAUCAUCGAGAAGCUCACGGACUUGAGGGCGCUGGAUAAGACGCUGCAGAACCGCGAGCUGCCGCACGAGAUUGUGCGGUACGUCGUGCAUCAGAUAUCCAAGGUGCUGCCGAACGAUCCGCAGGGGCGGCACGAUUUCGUCGUCGGCGGCGGGCUCGCCGCGUGCCAAGCCCUGGACGCGGAGGCGGGGACGGCGUUGAAGGAGUACGUGGACAUCAUCAAGAGCUGCUACCCGGAGGAGAUUGUGCAGUAUUAUUCGCCGACGUACGCGACGCAGCUGCUCGAGAAGUUGGAGGUUACGGCGUGAGAGGCGGCGGUCGGGGAGAGAGGAGGAGGAGGAGGACGAUCGAGUCGCGGGCGAAUGAAUUGAAUGAUGACGACGGCGCGGCGGCGGCGGCGAAGGGCGAGAGAAGAGAUGAUCUCGCGGCGAGGAGAGUAUUUACGCGCUCGGGCGGCCUUGUACUUGUAACGGCGUCUGAGACUUUAGAGC